AUGCGCUACUACAUGUGGGGUGACAAAUCCGACGAAGAGCUUGAUCUAGAAAGCUCUGGAGAUAUAUGUCUUCUUCAAAGAUACCGAUACGCUACCUUCACCGACGAAGAUAAUCCAUCCAUGUGCCCCAUUAACCUAAGGGGGCUAUUGCAGACAGAAGUUGCACUUCGGGAGAAUACUCAACGCGAGAUAGCCUUGAAAGAGAAAAUAGGGCAUCUCUCUAAGGAAGACACAUACGUGACUGUUCUUCAGGACUUACAGGAGGAAUUGUCGACACUUUCGACGGAAUAUUGGACCUUAGAACGACGUUGGUGGGAGAUUAGGUCUUCGUAUGACGACGGCCCGCUGACCAGAGGUAUCGAUUUCUGGCGCUCACAGCCAAAAUGGUAUAUGCAUCAAGGAGAGGAGGCUGUUGUGGCAGAGACUGUGGAUGCUGUUCUCAUCGCCAGUCAGAACGGAAAUUUGCAGUUGGUCAUUGUACCGUGGAAUGUUCUUGUUGCGAGAGAGCCCGGGGGUUUGCACUCGACCCUGAGCAGAAAUCCCAAAUCCGGGAGUCCUUCAAACUUGAUUACAAAUCUAUCCGUGCAUGGUAUUACAAUCGAAUAA